CGGUCAUAUAAACAUGAUCAAUACAUUUCUUAUAAAUGCAUUUUAAAAAUCUAUAAAAACAUGUCGACAGAAUUUAGGAUACAAGGUUAGACUUAAAAAGAGAAACUGAUAACAUUCUCAAAGACACAAUUCAGAGAGUAUUGAAAAAGAAAUACAAUGUAGAUAUAUAUCUUUAGAUAAAUUGGAUAUAGACGAUAGUGAAGAUUUAAAAAAAAACUGCAAUUAUAUAUUUACAAUUAACCAAUGAGGCUACCGAAGUCGUCGAAAGUAUAAAUAACAAUGGCUUCAAGUUCACCUUAUAAUUCCACAUAUGAUAACAGGAUACACAGUAAAAGACCUGCGAAUAGAUAUGAUUUUAAACAAAUUCUUGGCGACGAAACAAGAUACACAGAAUUUAAAAAAGGAGGUGGUAAUAUCGAAAAAAACUUUUUAAAAACGGGACAUAAAAAAUGUCUUGCACAUUAUGCAUGCGCUUUUAUAAACAACAUGGAAGAGGGAGCGAUAUAUAUUGGUGUUAAUGACAAAGGAAAAGUCGUAGGUUUGAAAUGUGAUCACGAGAAAAGAGACCGUAUAAGGAUCAAAAUAACACAAGUACUACAGAAUGAUUUAGAACCUCCGCUCAAUACAAUCCAUUACAGUGUUGAUUUUGUACCGGUAUACAAAACAGAUGAACAUCAUAAAGAUGACAUAUUUGUUUUGGAGAUCACAUUUUAUCCUGUGGAUAGAUUUGAUAAACUUUACAGAGUUAAUGGAGAAGUGUAUGCAAAAUUUGAUGGCUGCAUUUCUAAACCACUCGAACGAAAAAGAAUACAAGAUUGGGAAGAUCAGAUUAGAAAUAAACAAAGAAAUAAUGAUCUGCAAGAAAAAAUGAAAAAAUAUGAAAGUGAGAAAGCUGAAAACGAACGAAUUUACAAGCAACUGAUUGCUGAAAAAGGAGACAAAGAUAACGAAAUUAUUGAAGAAAAACGUUUGAGGUUAGAGAAUGAAAAACAGAUUUACUCAUUGCAACGUGAAAAAUCAGAACUCGUAAAACAAAAUAAGACAUUAAUACAAAAAUCUAAAGUAUGUGUGAUUUUGUGAUAGACGAAUCAAUGUUCUUGAUGGAACUUCAUAUGUCGACAUUUAAAAAUACAACCAUAAGGGUAGAUUGAGUAUUGAAGUAUGACUAUGUCUAACAGUAUGACUUGUAGUAGCAGGGCCUCUGUUCGGCCAUGUUGAACACAUUAAUAUAUAUUUACAUCCGACCUGAUUGUGAACAUGACAAAUAAGACACAUGUUUUUAGACUGAAAAUGCACGCAAAAGAACCCAAGUAAUAUUUGGAGGAGGUAGUAUGUGACCAAAUUGGUCUGCUCCUUCUCAAGGUUAUCCCAUUUUUCAGAUCUAACCGAUGGUACCGAUGUCUUCUUAGUUCUUGUCCUGGAAAAUGUGCCCCAGUGCGGUAUCCGAAAUAAAAAAACCAAUAGUUAGAUAACAGGUUAAAUGUCAAGGAAAGGGAAAGGUAUGAUAUCAUUUUAUGAUUAAUCUAUCAAAUAACAUUCUUCAGAAGUUUAUAAGACAUCGGUCUGUCAGAUAUCAAUUUUUAUAUUUUUGAAAUUGUGUCUUAAAUUUGUUUAAGGGCUUCAAACUUUUUAAUUUAAAUUGUAAAAACUGUCAAAAUAGCUGAUCAUGAGAAUUUAACAUUAUGUUUAGGUAAUGGCGAGCCAAAGCAUUAAUCAAGAAGAUAUUUUGCUACAAUACGUCUUAUAAAGAGAUGUUUAUGUUGGUAAACGAUCUUUUUAUGCAAGGCCUUGGCUCAUAGUUAAGUUUGCAAAAUACAAUGUGUAAAAUGGACAUUUGAUUUCUAGUUUUUGAGAUAUUAGCGUCAAAGUGACAUCACAUUUGACAUUUCUGUAUAAAAGUUUCCAGAUUGUACCAUCCUGUUUAUUUUUGAAAGGAUUGAAGAUUUUUACUAAUUUUGCAGUUUCACGGGACAGAUAAAAGAUCUUUUCAUGCGUCUACUUUCAACGCGAUAAAUUGAUCUAAAAGGAACAAAUAUUAUCUACUAUAAAAAAGUAGGAGAUGUGGUAUGAUUGCCAAGUGAGACAACUUUACACCCGAGCUCAAAUGACGUAGAUAUAAGCAAUUAUUGACUAUAAACAAUAACGUAUUAACUGGGUAAAUAUCCCUAAUGUACCUCAAAUUGAGGAACGCAAAAAUAGUGCGUAAACAAAAAAUCUCUGCUCAGUGAUUUUGGACAUGUUUCAAUUUUAAACAUGUGACUGAGCUUUACCACGUGUGUCGAUUUUGAGAGCAGAUGACCAUAGAAUAAAGGUGUAAAAACUAUGGAGUUAUUAAAUGUAUGCAAAGAACAAAAUUUUCAUAGAAGUUAUUGUGUAAAAAAACCGGAUUUAUUACCUCGAGAAGCCGCACCACAAAAGGCUUUUCGGGGUGUGUUAAAUUACGGAAAAAUGAAUCUCACUUCGUACCUUGAAAAUUUAAUCAUAUAUGUGAAAAUGUAUCAGCUUCGAAACACACCAGCCAUCAUAUAUAUCCAAGUUUACGAUUAGGGCAGCGGAAUUUAGGAAAAGGCUACCAUUACCGCCUAUCUGAAAUGAAUCGCGCAUCUUGACCCAACUGCAAAAAGCGAAAUUAAUCUUUAAACAAACGAUUUUGAAACAGAUUCUUUAUUUGAAGGCAUAGUUUCAGAGGAUUUUUUCUAUACUUCUGUAUUGUUAAACGAUAACAGAAAUAAAUCAUUUCUACAAGGGUAUGGAAUUUAAAAGAACGUGAUACGAAUCUAAAAUAUUGGUUAAACAAGAAAGCAGGUGACAGUUAUUAUAUAGUUCAGUGACAAAUCAAUAUUAAAAUGUUUUAAGAGUCAAUUUGUUUUAGACUAAGGAUUUUGAAUGUCCCUUUGGUAUCUUUCACCUCUCUUUUAUAUUAACAAACUUACCUAACGGUUGAAAAUCAUUAUAAGUAAAGAGAAAACAUUACACUAUCAUUUUCUCCGUGUCGUAGAGUUUUCCCAUAGUGCAAUUUCUUUGGAAAAAAUCGCGAUAAAAGAGAGGCGAAAAAUACCAAAGGGAUGAUCAAACUAGUUUGUCGAAAACAAACUGACAAUGCAAUGGCAAAAAACGAGCACUGACCAAAAGACAAACAACAGUAUAAAAAACGCAACAUAGAAAAAUAAAAACUGAGCAACACGAACCCCACCAAAAAGCGAGGGUGAUCUCAGGUGUUCUGGAAGGGUUAGCAGAUUCUGCUCCACAUGUGUACCCAUUAAGUGUGACUUUCCGACUCUGCCCAUCCCCCGUUAUGAUACAAGGAAACAGUUAUGAUUAACCCCUAAACAAUGAUUUCAGCAUUUUUUGGCUAAAAAUGAAACCACAAUGAAUCAGAUUUUAUUCAACAUCGAACUUAAAAUCAUACAAAAGUACAUAUUUUAUAUAUUUUUCGAAUUCAUGUGGCGUUUUUUUUUUCAAUCUUAUCGUCUGGCAAGGUAUAAACAAUGUAUAUUAAAUUUCUUUCGUAUUGUAUUCGUAGUAGUUUUCGAAAAAAAAUAGCAGAACAAUGAAUCCUCUAAAAGUUUCAUAGAAUUAAAACAGUUUGACACAACAUAACUAUUAAAGCUUUUUGAAUAUACUCAUCAUCUAUCAGUUUAACUGUUAAUUCUACUACCUCAGUUAUUCAUGUUGCGUUCCCUUCUCCUAUUUUCUGUGACUCAUGUAUUUGACAAUGAUUUGAAUUCAAUUAUGUUUUAGUUUUUGUCAAUAAAAAUAAAAAAAAAAUUGCAUUAAUUUUUUAUGUUUUGAUGUUUGACUUAUGUACAAUAGAUAUUUUUAGAAGCUU